AUGACUGAACAAUUCGAGCCUCUCAAGAAUGACCUCUUACUCAGAGCCGCAAAAGGUGAGAAGGUAGAGCGUCCUCCAAUAUGGGUCAUGCGGCAAGCUGGCCGCUAUCUCCCUGAAUACCACGAGGCUAAAGGCAAUCGCGAUUUCUUCGCAUGCUGCCGUUCCCCGGAAGUUGCAUCCACCCUUACCAUCCAACCGGUCGAGCGAUAUGCAGGGCUCAUUGAUGCGGCGAUUAUUUUUUCGGACAUUCUUGUUGUCCCCCAAGCAUUGGGAAUGCAGGUUGAGAUGGUCGACAAAAAGGGCCCCCAUUUCCCCGAGCCUCUGCAGUCGCCAGACGACGGACAAUACGAAAAAAUAAUGCAGAAGCAGGUUGAUGUCAAGGCUGAGCUGGAUUAUGUCUACAAUGCCAUUACACUUACCCGGCACAAACUGAAGGGGCGGGUGCCGCUUAUUGGUUUCUGCGGCGCCCCAUGGACACUUCUAUGCUAUAUGGUCGAAGGCGGGGGAACCAAGCUCUUUGUCCAGUCUAAGAAGUGGGUUUACAAGUAUCCCAAGGAGUCGCAGGCCUUGCUUCAGAAGAUUACGGACGUUUGUGUUGAAUACCUUGCUCUCCAGGUUGCUGCGGGUGCACAGCUCGUGCAGGUUUUUGAUUCUUGGGCCGGCGAGCUUUCUCCUGAGGCCUUCAAGUCAUUUUCACUACCAUAUUUGCGCUACAUUUCUUCCAAUUUACCAAAGAGGCUUAAAGAGAUGGGUUUGGAGCCUGUGCCGAUGACUGUCUUCGCGAAGGGAGCAUGGUACGCCCUAGACGACCUCUGCGAGUCUGGCUACAACGUCGUUGGUCUUGAUUGGCAACACGACCCUGCAGAGUCUAUGAAGGUGGCCAGGGGUCGGGUAACCAUUCAAGGGAACGCUGACCCGGGUGUGCUGUAUGGAGGCAGACCCGCUAUAACUGCAGCGGUUGAACAUAUGGUCAAAGGGUUCAAUGGAGGCAAGCAAGGAUGGAUCGCCAACUUGGGUCAUGGCGUAACUCCUUUCGUUGAUCCGGAAGAUCUCAAAUUCUACUUCGAAGAGAUACACCGGCUGACAGCCCAGUGA